AUGGGCUCUAGGAAGGAGCCCCAAAGAAUUCAUCCUCAUCGGCAUCACCGUCGCCAUUAUAGACAAAAUUAUCUGGAUCUCGGCCCUUCCAUCGAGGCUGAAAGCACAGGAACGGCUGACAAUGCUUCCGCAGCUAUACCGGUAUCGUAUCAAAAAGUUCUUCCUUCUCUUGGACCAUCGGCCUACAGAGGUAGUUUGCGCUUUCUCACGCAGCUAGCGCCGCUGCUCCGCCUCAGCCUGCCGAUUCGGCUAGAACGAAAGCGUCUUGAGACUGCAGCAAGAUCAUCUGCCGUAUCAGCUGCCAUGACUUCCGUCACUCCCCUUCCUCUCCGCCGUCUGACCACUACCAACAAUAAUGCGAGUGACUUCGUCGUUGCAUCGGAAGGUGAUUUUCGCGAGGGAGUUGCCACAAUCGAUGGUUUUACGUCGUCACUGGCGAUGUACAGCUCCAUUAAGAAGGAUCAUCGCCUUUUUGUGGCCAGGCCCAGAGGUCAAUUGGCGCCCAGUCUUGCACGCUACUUUGGAGCAAUUAGUCUCUUGCAAACAGGAACGGCAUCACAACCUUGGACAAAACAGUGGGCCAGACAUGGCGUCCCUGUUGUUAGUGCUCAUCUUUUUUUUAACCCAUAUUUUGGUUGGUUGGUUGGCCUCGUAUCUUUAGCAUUGUUUUAUUAA